AUGAACUUUGGAUUCCCCGUAUCAAUCAUCCGUCCAGCUGAGCGGUCCUCCGAGAUCGUCAUCAUGGAAUCAUCAAGUCGACUCUCAUCAUCUCAUCAUCUCUUCCGGCGUGCCAAUUCCUACAGCAACAGCCUCCCGCGGUCCCAGCACCGAUGCCCACUUGGACGGCGGAAGCUUACCACAGACCCGCGAGAGCUCGAGUCUCGAGCUCGGGACAUUCUAGAGCCAAUGGACAGUGGACAGCCAUCUCGUGCUGUGCAUGGUCAUCCUGCCCAUGCAGUGGAUGCAAAGGGAGCUCCGGUGCAGCCCAGCCCCCGGCUCCACUCGGCGACACUGGAGAAACCGGAUGACGCCGAUGACGUUACAAGACGGACUCGAACUGUGGACCCUCCAAAGAUGCUUUUUGAUCCACGUGAUCCGACCCCGCUUCGGGAGUUAACUAACUAUCAUGAUGAUGACGACGACGAGGAUGAGGAUGAUGAUGAUGGUGAUGUUGACGAUUCAAAGCUUCUAUUGCAGCCCAAACCACAGACACGCAAAGAGAUGGACAGCAACAAUGGUCGAGAGGAAGAGAAAAAGAAGUUCUAUACUUCGACGCUCAACAAGACAUGA